CGUUCCAUCUCCGACUGCCAGAAUCAAACUUAGCAGUUCGCAUAUCUUAUUGUCGCAUUCAUUUCCCUCGUCAUCGAACGACCCCGCCAAUUGUACAGCCAUCUUCAAAGACAUCCAAGUUUCAACCAUUCCAGACAACUCUACGACGCUGACGCAACAUGGCGGCCGUCCCAUUUAGGGUAAAGGCCGUCUACGAGUAUACUUCGAGUCACGAGGAUGACCUACCUUUUGGAGUCGGUCAGAUCAUAACCGUUACCGAAGAAGAGGAUGCUGAUUGGUACGCUGGUGAGUAUGUUGAUAGCCUAGGCGUUAAGCAAGAGGGAAUCUUCCCCAGAAACUUCGUGGAGAAAUAUGAGCCGACCGCCCCGCCACGCCCAACGAGAUCUCGUAAGAAGGAGCUAGAGCCCACCGCUUCUUCCUCUCCACCUCCUGGCCCUCCGGCUUCGCCGCCGCCUGCAGUGGAGGAAUCUGCAGAGAUCCCGUUGGAGAUCGCUCAUCAAGAUCCACGUCUUGCUUCACCAACGUUUCCACCUCCGGUACCUCAUUCGCCUCCCACUCCUGUUGCUCCUGUCGCCAAACCACCAGAGCCGGCUUCCAUCUCGGCUCCUGUACCUGUCGAAACAAAGCUUCCUGAUCCAUCGAGUCCUAUAGUUCCUACUCGAGCGACACCUAAAGGCCCAGCUCCAGGUCCACCUAAACCUCGCGCUGGUCCUCCCCCGGUGUCCGAGAAACCCGCCAUCGGUUCUUUCAAGGAUCGCAUAGCUGCCUUCAACAAGCCGGCAGCCCCGCCUGUCACACCUUUCAAGCCUAGUGGCCUUAGUGCCGGCAGCUCCGGGUUUGUCAAGAAGCCGUUCAUCGCUCCUCCGCCAAGCAGGAAUGCUUACGUUGCUCCACCUCGAGAUAUACCUGCCACAAAGAUCUAUCGACGUGACGAAGAUCCCGAGAUCAAAGCUACUCAGGCAGAAUCUCAAGAAAAUGCUGAGAGGGCCGGUCUCCUUCCUGCGGCAUCUAUCGAAGGCCAAGAUGAAGACCAGCCAAAACCUACUAGUCUGAAGGAACGUAUUGCUCUGCUCCAGAAGCAGCAAGCUGAAGCGGCUCAGCGACAUGCCGAGGCUGCCGCAAAGAAGGAGAAGCCGAAGCGUCCACCGAAGAAGCGCAUGGAAAGCGAGGAAGGCGCUGCAGUAAGUGAGGCGGUGGAUUCUCCUCCAGUCCCCGAGAGAAAGGACACUGCCGAAACUGCUAGCAAGAAAUCUCUCGACGAGUCUCGACCUCCAAGACAGGGUGUGCCCGCCCGAAGGAAGUCUUCUGCAGCACGCGCCGAGAAUGAUGGUAACGAGGCAGAUAUGUCGGGUGCGGGAGAUACGACUGAGGGGCAAGAGGAUCUCACUGAGAGGGACGACAGUGAUGAGAAGUCUCGUCCACAUACCGGAGAAGCCUCUGAACCGACAGCAGCCGAGAGCACAGAGAUUGAGGAAGAAGAAGAGAUCGACCCUGAGGUUAGACGAAAAGAGGAGCUCCGUGCUCGAAUGGCGAAGAUGAGCGGUGGUAUGGGAUUUCCUGGCCUAUUCAAUCCUGCGGGUAUGAUGCCCCUCGGAGGCCCAGCACUUGCCAAAAAACCGAAGCCGCCACCACCAACGGAGCGCCGUUCAAAUGAUAUAGAAAGGCCUUCUUCGCCAAGGAUGGCCGCUCCCCCUAUUCCAGUUAUGAUGCCCCUACCCGGCAUGGCAAAGCAGAAGCAGCCAGAGGAAGAAGUUGUGGAGUCAGAUCAUGAGGAGCCAAGUAAUCAAGAGAUCACUCCCGUUGUGAGUGCCCAGCCAACAGGAUCGGUCCCAGAGCCCCUAUCAGAAUCCCAUGGUGGCCCACCCCCUGUUCCUGCUGGACGGCCUGCACCUCCCCCAGUGCCUACAGAUUCCCGGCCUCCUCCGCUUCCGCCUACCGGUAUAACCUCUCCUAGUCAAGGUUCCGAGUCUGACGAUGAGUUGUCGGAGAAUCCUCAGAGGGCCCUCGAAACCCCUCGAGGCGAGCACCCGCCUCCCACGGCCCGGGUCCCCCCUAUUCCUUUGACGUCCCCUGUGAUGCCGACUUCGCCCCGAGGUUCUGCCAGGCGUCCUUCCUACAUGGGCGAGGAGGGCCCUCCAUCCUCGCCUCCUUCACAGCUAAGCAAGAGGAAUAGCCGUCCGCCGCCUCCCAUCCCGAGUGCAGCCGCACCUCCCACUCAAGGUCGCCCGCCACCCCCACCUCCUCCUGGCCCCCCUAGUCGUUCUUCUACAGCUGACGAACGGCCCGCAGUCCCGAUGAGACCUGGAGCUUUAGACAAUGGUGAAGAGGGAGAAGUCACCGAGUAUGAGGGCGAUUAUGAUACUGACAUCGCGUCCUCAGUUCCUCAUAAGGACGCGCUUAAAUCGCAUGCGCGAGACUCAAGCUUCGAUGAUAGCACCUCCCUGCGCUCACCAGUCCUCGAAGCUCCGUCAUCCUUGCCACCUGCAGCCCUCAAUGCUGUUGCCACGAGAGCUCCCCCGCCGCCUCCGAGUCACCCGGCACCAGGCUCAAGACAAUCAGUAGAUGCGCCCCGUGCCGUCCCUCCGCCGCCACCGAAAGAGGUAUCCUACUCCUUUGAGGAUGAAGAUUAUGACCCAUAUAACUACAACGCAGCGGCAAACGCAUCUGCCCCAACCUCUCGGACUGUAACUUCCCAGGAGCAGCCCACGCAGCCACCCCAGUCGGCCUCUUCCUACAACUCUCCCACUCUACCUCCACCAGGUAGUCGGGGGCCUCCUCCUGCACCACCAGUCAAUCGAUUACCUAUUCGAAAAUCGUUGGACGCAAGGAGAUCAGUGGAUGCCACUCGGCCAUCAAUGGAAACUGGCUUCGUGGCAAACGAGAUUGACCUAGCUGUCCAUACACAAUGGUGGCUUUCGGCAACUAUGAUACCUCCCAUAUUCCAGGGCAGGCGAGAUAUUUACACCGAGGUUGGUGAAUCCACAUCGGGGACUUCAGUGACGAAGGAGGUUUCCAUACUAUUCCAGGAUUAUUCACAAACUGUCAUCACCGUUCGUUUCGAUAGUCAAGCGCCUACAGAAGCUGUCUUUGAACAGCGCCAUGAAGCACCUCCUCGUAGCCUCCGGCAGGAUGAGCUCGAAGAGGCUUACGAGCGAUUUGGCCGAUCAGUAGCCAGCGCAGUUGCGUCAAAGAAAGAUACCGUGGUUGGAGAUGGUACUCCACAAGCCCUGAUAUUGGAACUUCUUAAGCCGCUCAAGGAUGCUCUGCUUCCUGUCGGUACGCGCGCUUACGGCGCUCUGGUUUACGCCAAUUUAGCCAAUGCUUCUACACAGCAGAAUGAUGAGAUCAGACCGGGAGAUAUCGUUUCCAUUCGAAACGCCAAAUUCCAAGGCAAGCACGGGCCCAUGCACGCGAAAUACUCUAUGGAAGUAGGCAAACCGGAUCACGUGGCCAUCGUGUCGGAAUGGGACGGUACCAAAAAGAAGGUGCGGGCUUGGGAACAGGGCCGGGAGAGCAAAAAGGUGAAGCAGGAGAGUUUCAAGUUGGAAGACCUGCGAAGUGGUGAGGUGAAGAUCUGGCGGUUGAUGCCGCGGAGCUGGAUCGGCUGGAGCUCGGACUAGCGGUCUCGCAGGCCUUCCUUGUACGAGUACCGUUGGCCGAUUCUAGUUAGGGUUGGCUCUGAUGGCAGGGUCAGCGUGGACAGUCCAAUGCCGAUGCCGUUUUUGCCCUGUAACCAGUUAAUAGGUUGAUUUGGUUCAACAACAACAUCAACACAGCUAAGUUUUAUGUUAAAGCUACCCAGGUAGACUAAAUCAACCAAC